GGCGAGGCGGAAGUGGGCGGCGCUCAGGCUGAAGAGGAAAUGUCAGCCACUUGACUGUGGGCGAGUUUUCCUUCUAGUCACCACCACGGCUAUCGCCUCCGAGCGUGGGUCCCAGACCCUGGACGGCUGUGGCGGACGCCGUGUUUCCCGGUCCCUUCCAGACGCUGUCUGGCGAGAUCGGACGUUUACAGAUAUGGUCCAGAUCUGUACCUGAGUAACUUUGGUUAGCGUGAACAUUCAAUAAUGAGCGGUGCUGCUUUGGGACUCGAGAUUGUUUUUGUCUUUUUUCUGGCAUUAUUUCUACUUCAUCGAUAUGGAGACUUUAAGAAACAGCAUAGACUUGUAAUCGUUGGAACGCUGCUUGCUUGGUAUCUCUGCUUUCUUAUUGUCUUCAUACUGCCUCUGGAUGUUAGUACGACUAUAUACAACCGAUGCAAGCAUGCUGCUGCAAAUUCAAGCCCCCCUGAAAGUAGCAACGUUACAGGAUUAUAUGCAACUGCUAAACCUGUGCCAAGCCAACAUCCAUGUUUUAAGCCAUGGAGUUACAUUCCUGAUGGAAUCAUGCCAAUUUUCUGGAGGGUAGUGUAUUGGACAUCACAAUUUUUAACAUGGAUUCUCUUACCGUUUAUGCAGUCAUAUGCAAGAUCAGGAGGGUUUUCUAUCACAGGAAAGAUCAAGACUGCACUGAUUGAGAAUGCAAUCUAUUAUGGCACCUAUUUGCUGAUUUUUGGAGCAUUUUUAAUUUAUGUAGCUGUAAACCCACAUUUGCAUUUAGAAUGGAAUCAGCUUCAGACAAUUGGGAUAGCUGCUGCAAAUACAUGGGGUCUCUUUCUUCUUGUAUUGCUGUUGGGGUAUGGCUUGGUGGAAAUUCCUCGGUCAUACUGGAAUGGAGCAAAAAGGGGUUAUCUGCUUAUGAAAACUUAUUUUAAGGCAGCGAAACUGAUGACAGAGAAAGCAGAUGCAGAAGAGAAUUUAGAGGAUGUGAUGGAGGAAGUUCGUAAAGUGAAUGAAGGCAUCAAGUAUAACCAUCCACUGAGAAAAUGUGUUGACACAAUACUUAAAAAGUGCCCUGCAGUAUAUCAGGAAAAAAUGGGUAGGAACAUGGAUGAUUAUGAAGAUUUUGAUGAAAAGCAUAAUACCUACCCAACUGAAAAAAGUCUGGUAAAACUACAUAAGCAGGUAAUUUAUUCAGUUCAGAGGCACCGUCGAACUCAAGUACAAUGGCAAAUUCUUUUGGAGCAAGCAUUUUAUCUAGAAGACGUAGCGAAAAAUGAAACCAGUGUUACUCGUCAGUUUGUUCAUACCUUUCAAUCUCCGGAGCCAGAAAAUCGAUUUAUCCAAUAUUUUUAUAAUCCUACAUUUGAGUGGUAUUGGGAAUGCCUUUUGCGACCCUGGUUUUACAGGAUCCUUGCUGUGGUUCUGUCCAUCUUCUCUGUGAUUGUUGUGUGGUCAGAGUGCACAUUCUUCAGCACUACUCCUGUCUUAUCCCUCUUUGCAGUCUUCAUACAGCUGGCAGAAAAAACAUACAAUUAUAUUUAUAUUGAGAUUGCUUGUUUUCUUUCCAUCUUCUUCCUAAGUAUUUGUGUUUAUUCUACUGUGUUCAGGAUUCGUGUAUUUAACUAUUAUUACUUGGCUUCACAUCACCAAACCGAUGCUUAUAGCCUUCUUUUCAGUGGCAUGUUAUUUUGCCGUUUGACUCCUCCUUUAUGUCUUAAUUUCCUGGGUUUGACACAUAUGGAUUCAUCUAUUUCUCACCAGAAUACUCAGCCAACAGCUUACACAUCGAUUAUGGGUUCCAUGAAAGUUUUAUCCUUUAUUGCAGAUGGAUUCUAUAUAUAUUAUCCUAUGUUGGUGGUAAUUCUCUGCAUUGCUACUUAUUUUAGUUUGGGAACCCGUUGUUUGAAUCUGCUUGGUUUCCAGCAGUUCAUGGGAGAUAAUGAUAUGACAUCAGACCUAGUUGAUGAAGGAAAAGAAUUAAUCAGACGAGAGAAGAGAAAAAGGCAAAGGCAAGAAGAAGGUGAAAAUCGAAGAAGGGAAUGGAAAGAACGCUAUGGACACAAUAGAGAGGAUUCCACUAGGAACAGAAAUGUUCAUACUGAUCCAAAAGAGUUAAACUUCUCAGAUAUUAAUACUAACCGAUCAGUGUCCAAAUAUACCAGGGCUAAUAACAGGACAGAAAGGGACCGAAUAGAACUUCUCCAAGAUGCAGAACCUUUGGAUUUUAAUGCAGAAACAUUCACUGAUGAUCCUCUUGAACCUGAAUCAAGAAGAUAUCAGCCUGGUGGACGAUAUCUCUCAAUGUCUAACGUCGGAAUAUUUGAUGAUGUUUAAUACCUGAAAAAAUUUGGGGAACAAACUAACCAAUGUCAACAAAUCAAUUCAGUCUUUAUGAACAUUCUAUGUACCUAGGAGUUCCUCUCUACUUUCAGUGAAACAUGUCAGGAUAACAAAAACAGCACUGAAAAUUAAUUACAUUAUAGUAAUAAUAGUUUAUUGCUCAUUGAAUAGAAUAUUAUCUUUUCUAAAAAAAUUUAUUACAUACCAUUCCCUAAGCAUCUGCCUUAGAAGUACAGUUACAAUGGAAGAAUUUAAUCCAUGAUAAAGAUGAGAAUAUGUUGAGAAUAUGUAGAGCAGUUUGUUUCAAAUUAAGUUUUUUUCAGAGGAGUUGUUUUAAAGGUUCAAGGAAGCCAUAAGUCAUACUAAAUAAUAUUAUACAGUUUUAUUUUUGUGAUUUACAUUUUUGUUAUUUAAAAAAAAGUCCAACCUGUAUUUCCCAAAGAAAUACAAAUGAACGCAAACCUCAAGUAAUAACUAUAUUCGUAAAAUCCGUGUCUUAAAACGGGCUUACUUACCAGACAUAAUUGAAUGUAAAAAGUGCAUUUCAAAUCUGUUUGCAAAUUAGUGGGGGGUUUGCAUGUAUUAUUAAGAUUAUACUUCAUGAUAGGUGUUAGUGUCUUUGGCAUGUUUAUUAAAACCAGAUGAUACAUUAUUGUUACAGUCUUUGUAGUAACUGGGCUUGCUUAUGCAUUUGGUAUUGCUUUGUAAAAGAUUUUCAUUUUAGAAAAGACUUAAGUGUUAAUCAUGCCAUUCAAGGAUAAAUCUUAAGCAUUAAUGGGAAAUAGUUUUGUUUUUUUUUUGUUUAGUAGCCAAAGAGUUCCACAAUAUUCUCUGAUAUUUUCAGGUACCUGGUUAUACUUUUUGGUUAAAAAAAAAAAUUGGUUAUUUAAAGGUAAAAAGCCAAGUCCAUUUAUUGUUAGUACUGACACUUAAAAUGUGAUUAACCUUUGUAUUUAAGCCAAAUUAGGUAUUAUAUUUUAAAUCACCGCUGCACAUGGUUGAGUACAACAUGCUUGCAGGGAGUGUUUUUUAUAUUUGUGAAAUACGUGCAGCUCUUAGAUUUAUGCCGCAGUGGGUGACCAUACUUGAGCUUGCCCAGUAUAGUGUGUAAAUAUUCGUAGUGCUCAUUUUCAUCCUCAAAUAUCCCAGGUUGAAGAUGAAUUGUAUGGUUACUUUGACAAUAUGAUUAUAUGCUCCUUGAAGGCAAUUUUUCCUUGUAUUAUAAAUUUAAAAUUUUUAUUUCCCUCUCUAAUGAGUAUCAUCAUGUAAAUUUUUAAAAGACACAGUUCUAUGCAGGUAGUGAAAGGAAUAGUGUAUCAUCUUAAUUAACCAAAAAAAAAAACACAUAAUUUUUUUUUUUGAUCUUUGAGUUUCUAUGAUCUUUGAGAUUAGAUUCUCUAUAAAAUAAUUAUCAGUAGAUAGAUUUGCUCUCAGUUCAAGUUCAUAUAAAAACUCAUUUGAGGGGACACACACACACACACACACAACUUUUUAUUGUGAAAUAUGGUCAAAGAGCAUAGAAUAGGCCAGGAGCAGAGAUAAUGCAACUGUAAUUUCAUGAUUGACUGACUGAAUACCUUGGGCAAAUCACAACCUUUCAGUGCCUCCGUUUCUUCAUUUGCAGAAUGAAGAUGAUACUUGCUAUUUACUUACUCUACUGACCUACCUACCUCACAAAGUGUUGUGAGGGAGUUGAGAUGAUGUUAUGUAUUGGAGUUUAAGAGGACAAAACAAGUUAUUAGUUGUGCUGUUUCUCAUAGUGGUACCUGAAGAUACUAGAUCGGGGAAAUGAUCUUCCCAGAAAAGGGUCCCGUUUGUUAUUAUUAUAGUGAUGAGAUCCCCAGUGCAUAAACUGUUUUUGGACUAAUUCAUGAAAAGUUCUGUGAAAAUAGUGUUUUUAUUUAGUCUUUGGGUUUACUUUGGAAUAUUUUCCUAAGUAAGGUGUGUCUCAUCAGGUUUUUUCAUGAAACUCAGAUGCUAUUGUUGAAGUAGAAGCAGAAAAAGGGAAGAAACUAUCCAGUUACUUUUAUAACUAGUUUUUAGAAUACUCUAAGAUAAAUUGGUAGAAAUGGGUAAGGAAACAUUACCACUUUCCUUUGUUGUUAAAUUUUUAUGGUUAUAAUAAUUGAAGUAUAUGUAUAUGUAAACACAUACUUCACAAACACUAUAGAUCCUUUUAUAACUUUUGAGUUAUUUUAAAAAUAAUACUUGGUUGUUAGAAUCAUUCAGAGUAUUUAAUCUUUUAAACAAAAUUUGUCUUACAGGAUUUUGUAUAUAAUCAUAUAGAAAGGUUAUUUUGCUGGGUAAAUUUGACUUCAGAAGGUAAUGAUUUCACCCUUGAAAACUGAGUUUAUUGCUGGGGAACUAAGUUAAUAUUUGUUAAGUCUCCUUGUGUAAAAAACUAGUAGUUACAAGCAAUUUUUCUGUUUUGAGAAGAUUAUCAAAAUGUAAUAACAUCUACUGCAAAAUAUUAUUACUAAGGUCACACACUUUGCAUGCAAAGUACAUUUCUUGAAGAAUUAUAUCUGACAAUUAUUUUUUGAUGCCUUUCUUGCAAGAUAAUAUCUCAUCUAAAUUUUCUAAAUUACUUUUUAAAUAGUUGUUAGGUAAGGAUAUUCAGCAGGCCAAUAAUUUAGAAUAACUAUUGCAGAAAGUAACAGUAAUCCAUUAAUUUCAUGAAUCAUUUCUGUUAUUAAUUAACUUUUUUACUACUUUAAUAAUUUGCUAUUAUCAAUAGAGCAUUUUUAUAAAAAAAGAAAUAAAGUAUAACUUUAAUUAUUAAAAUUUGCUCUCUUACCAGAUGAAUACAAGGGCUUUAAAAUAAUUUCAUCACAUAAGAGACCCUCAUUUUACAGCAGUGGUAAGAGCUGAGUCAAAAAUUUCAAGGGUUUUCCCUUUUCCCUUUGUAAAGAAUAGAUCAGAGAAUUCACAGUCCAAACAUUCAAAAAGAAAUGUUGCUAGUACAUUUGUUUGGGACUCUACUGCUUAAUUAGAUUAUUAGUUCUGAAAUUUAAGCUGAAUAUGUACCCAAAUUAAAUAUGGAUAAUUAAAUAUGGAUAGGAAAGUCAACAUGUGUGGUCUUUUAGAGUAUAUUUUAUCAUAGUAAUGAAGGAAUUCAAUUUAUGUUCAAUAACCUCAUUUUAUAUUGCUUUAAUAAGUAAGACUAGGGAAUAUUCUUGAUAGUAUAUUGAGAAAAAUAAGGUCUCUUAUUUACAUUGCUCAGUAUGUUUUGUGAGUUUCAUACUUGUGAUUUGAAUGGACCAUGCCUGAAAAUCACGAGAAUAAGUAUAUUUGCACUAAGAGACAAAACCUGCCCUUGAAAUACUUUAAUAUACUUGAAUCUGCAAAAUACAGUGGACUGUAUUAAGAUUGGAUUUAAGGUUUUGUCUUUCAUUUCUUUUCUUAUUUUCUCUCUCCUUUUAAACCUUUCUUCCUUCCUGGGGCCUCUCUUUUACAGUAUGAUUUUUAAUGUGCUGACAGGUUUUCUUUUAUCUGCACAGUUGUUUUCGAUGGGUAGUAUACUCAAAAGGAACUAGUUCCAACUACAGAUCCCACCACUUCAGGGGUGGCCAACAUUUCUUUUUUCUCUGACACACAUUGAAAGGAUAAGAGUUGUCUUUGGCCACCCAUUAAAUACAUAAACACUAAGGAAAGCUGAUGAGCUGUGGGCAUACUUUUUGCAAUAUCCAACACCACAGAUAAACAAAAAAAGUCCACACAGAAUCAGUGUGGAGCCAGCAGACCACAGACUGGACACUCCUGCACUACUUUGAAAUAGUAGUAAUUUACCUAAAGUAGUCAAAUAGAUUUUGCUCAACAGCUAAGCAACAUCUCAAUGUACAUGUGAAGUAUGCUGGGUCAGUGUGUUUUAGUUCACUAAGAAGGCAUUUCAGUAAAAUGAAUCAUUUUUCAGUGUCAUGUUUUUGCAUAAAGAUGGACUUCUAAAAAAUAUGAUUAUAAGAAGAUCCAAAACAUUAAGAAUGUUGAGACCCCUUUUUACAAAAAGGCAUUAGUAAAUAACAAGCAUCAUCAAAAUUUUUCUCAGCAGAGUUGGGCAAUAUAAGAAGAAGAGGCCCUUCUAAAAUGUGAAUUUCCCUCUGUGCAAGGCACUUUUCCUGCCCAGGCAGUGUGUUCCCUUUUCCCACUUUUCCCGACUCUAGAAACCUAACCCUGUGAGCCAUUUCUCCAACAGGCACUAGUGCUGCCGGGUCUUCCUUCUCACCUCCAGUCCCUUCCAUGCUCACCUUGGUCUAACUAAAAUUUUAUUUCCAUUUUCAAGAGAUUUUUCCACUGAGGUUGAUAGAGCCCUUGCUGUAAUUUUAAAAUCUGUUAAUCGAGUAAGACUAUGGGCAUGUUCCUCUUCACAUCGAUAUCCUGAAAGACAUUUGUUUUUUAUGUGUUCCUAGGGGAAAAUUAAAUUUUUUUCAAUGAAAAUAUUUUCUUUUGUGGUUAUCUUGAUCUCAAAUCAUUUUGUAUUGUAAAAGAAUUUUACUAUACUUGGCACAAAAGAGUAGAAAUAAUGGUUUAUGAUGACAGACGUAUAUGGGGUAAAGUCAUAAUUUAUUAAUCUGACUGUAUAACACCAUUUAGAGUUGAUAUUGACAUAAAUUGUAUCAACCUACUCAUUUGGAGCUAUAAUUUCUCAAAAGAAUGCUUGCUAGCAUCUUCCCUACAUAGUAUAUCAAGUUGUAGGGGAGAGACUGUGUAUUUAUUUUUUAAAAGCAAUCCAAUGGAUUUUUUUGUUCAUAUUUUGAAAAUAACUUAAAAGAUUUUUCUCAUUUUAGAAGGCAUAGAAUAUGUGGGCCUGUCUUUUAAAUUACUAUAAUAAUAUAUAUUUAUAAAUUAUAGCAUUGAAAAACACAAAAGAGAUCUAAUGUUGAUGUUGUUACUUCCUGGUAUUUAAUUUUUAUAAAUGUUUUUGUAUGUAACUAAUUAUAGUAUUGCUUUUAAAUAGUUUGAAAAUCUUUCUGAAAUAAGUUCUGCCCAGAGCCAUUUCCUUAGGACAAUAUGUAGUCUUACGUGAAUUUGAAAUACUCCUGUGUCUCUGCAGUAUCUUUUUAUAUACACCAGUACUCAAGCAAAGUGUAUCAAAAGUGCUUGUUAUUUUGCCUUUAUCUGAUUCAGUUAAUUGGGUGAAAUAGAAGAUUAAUCUUUUCAAAUGUGCAUCUGAUCAUAAUUUUUUGAAAUGUUAACUAUGUUCAUUUUUGGUGCAUGAUGCCAAAUUUAUCUUUAAUCAGCCGUUAGAACCUAAUAUGUAAUGACACAUGUUUUCCUGUCUGACCAGUGGGUUGUAGAUUUAACUGUUUUUUCUUUGCACAUUCUCACUACAUUUUCAAAUGUGUAUUUGGACAAAGCUACAGAGUGCUACUGUCAGUAAGUUAGCUUUAUCUGUGCAUAAUGUUCUCUCAGUUGGGUUUUUAUAGACUCAUUGACUUGCAGGUCCUUUGUAGUAUUUUAAAUUAUUGUGAUGUAAUGAAAGUUUUGAAAUGUUUAUUUGAUUAGUUGUUAAAAUAUAGGAAAUUAUGUAGCUUUGCAUGAAAUAAACAUUUCUACAAGUUAA